CUUCUUGCUCCAGUGCCCUACGAGGGAGAUAUUAUCUGUAUCGGUGUCAACUAUCGCGAGCAUGCCGCGGAGGCCGAGCUCACCGUCCCCCUUGAUCCGGUUAUGUGGUACAAGCCGAAAAGGGCUCUUAAUGGACCGGGCGACAUCCUCAUUCCGAAAGCGGCAGCCAAUAGCUUUCUCGACUUCGAGGGAGAGCUCACCAUCGUUUUGUCCAAGGACACGAGGGAUGUUAGUGCCGAAGAGGCAGCCGACUACAUCCUUGGAUAUACCGUUGGCAACGAUCUGACUGCCCGAAUGUUCCAAGACCCGAAGCGUGCAGGGGGCCAGUUUACACGCUGCAAAGCUUUUGAUGGAUUCGCCCCUCUGGGACCAGUCUUGACGAGUGCAGCUACUUUUGGCAGCUUAGAUGACAAACGAAUUCUCACCAAAGUCAACGGGAAGGUGUUCCAGGACAGUGCCAUCGAUUUGAUCCACGGCCCAUCAACUUUGAUCAGUUUUCUUUCACAGGGAACAACAUUGCCUGCAGGUACCGUGGUUAUGACAGGGUCUCCGCCAGGCAUCGGGUAUUUUCAGACUCCCAAGUAUAGCUUGAAGAACGAAGAUACCGUUGAGAUUGAAAUCGCGUCAAUGACCUUAACAAAUAAGAUGAUUUUUGAGUAG